CCAGCCAUGCAGGCGCCGGCGGCGGCGGAGCGCAACAAGGGCCCGAUCCUGGCGGUGCUGCGGGAGUACGCGGGGCCCGGCGCCCGGCGGGUGCUGGAGGUGGGGGCGGGCGCGGGGCUUCACGCCGCCCACUUCGCCCGGGCGCUGCCCCACACCCGCUGGCAGCCCUCCGACAUCGACCCCCAGGCGCUGCGCAGCAUCGCUGCCUACGCGGAGGCCAUGCGGGUGCCCAACAUGCUGCCCCCCAUCCUGCUGGACGUCUCGCAGGGCUGGGAGACGUGGGGGGGCACCCAGCCCGCCACCCUCGACCUCCUCGUCAGCAUCAACAUGAUGCACAUCGCCGAGCUGCGGUGCACCGAGGGCCUGUUCAAGGGUGCUGGGGUGCUGCUGAAGCCCGGAGGAGUGCUCUUCACCUACGGGCCCUACGCCGUGGAUGGCCAGAUCAGCCCCCAGAGCAACGUGGACUUUGACCGCAGCCUGAGGCAGAGAAACCCCGCCUGGGGCCUUCGGGACACGGCGCUGCUGCGGCAACUGGCUGAGGCCAACGGGCUGUGCCUGGAGAGGAUGGUGGACAUGCCGGCCAACAACAAGAGUCUCAUCUUCCGCAAGCAGUGACCUGCCCCACGGCACCCCCCGGCACGGCCGCCCCCCACCUCGUUGAUGCCUCCUGGAGGGGUCCCACCAUCCUCUCUGUGGCUGGAGAGCUGGGGAGGGGGCAGUCUCCCCCAGCCCCCUCGGGGCUCCCUUUGCAAUGGGGUGUCUCAGUGUGGCCCAGAGAAGCCACCACAGCUGCCAUGGGGGGGCACAGGUCGGUGGAGUGGGCACAGCACCCCCGGGCACGGGGGACAUUCCUUGCUUGGUGCUGGUUUCCCCAGAGGACAGCGUGCAAAAGGUUGGGGGGACCCAUUCCCCUCUUUCCCCCCACCCCGGGACUGUGCUUCUGCCCCCUAAUAAACUCUGGGGCCUUGCCCCCCCCACCUGCA